AUGUCAAGUGUAGACGAUCCAGAAAAACACUUUUUGGGUAAUCUUCUCGAAGAUGAUCCAGGCCCGUCAUCGGCGGCCGGUUCAGUCUCGGGAAGGAAUGGUCAGUUGUCGAUAUGAAAAUCUGCAAACGAGUAUUUUGCAGAAUCAACACCAUUAGGUCUCACUUUAUCACAACUUCCGAACGUGGGACCAGUGAUGCGUCCUGUUUCGGACCUUUCGAUGUCGAAUGCAUGGCCGGAACCUCCUCCGCCGUACUCGCCUCCGCUUGAUUCGUGGGCUCUUCCGUCAAAUGCCAACACGACGCUAACAAGUUCCACGACGACAACUCCGACGAAUGCCAACUGGUAUCCAUUCACGGUAAAACUGAAGGCUUGUGCAACGAAAAAUUUACCGAUUUGUUAAAGGAACGUAAAGAAACGGAACUGCUGACUUCGUUCAACAUUGGCGGAAACUCCUCUCCGGUGACUCCGUCCACUCCGAACCGCGUUUCGCUUCCACCGUCCCCGCAGAUCCAUCAUAUCCAUCACAACCUCCAUCAUCACACGCAUACGCACAAUGUGGUUAGUCGGCGUUCACUUCUGAUCAUUUUUGCAUCAACAGUUUAGCAAGUUCAAAAUCAUUACUUCGGUGCUCCACCGCCAGGAUUGGAAUCGUUCGGACCGAGAGCGACAACUGCGACCGCUUCUUCCUCUCCUCCCGUGCAGAACAACGUCAAUCCAGUGCCACUGUAUGAUGCUAUGACGUCGCCAGUCUGGAGUUACAAUGGAAUCGCCAACAUAAAGACUGCGAGUGCUCUCAUCGCGCAGUUCAUAUCAAUUUUGUUUCUUUUCAGAAUACAACCAGUUUGCUGUUCUCUGAUUGGAAGAAAGAGAACAUGAGUCAAGCAUCCGCCGAACCGACAAUCGCCUCGGAUUCUUCAACUUCGUUGAAAUCGAUUGGGUUGGAAGAAGCGGAGGCUGAGACACUCCAAAUGCCGCUGUCACCUGCAAAAGUUGUUGAAGUUGCCAAAGAGAAGAAGAACGUCUCGAAAAGCUACGCUGAGCAUUUGUCCAAGUCUAGUGCAGGUUUGUUGCAUUUUACAAAUUUGAAAAUCUUACUGAUUUGUUUGUUUGCAGCUACUCCGAAAAAGGGAACUCCAAUUGGUGCUGAAAAGAAGCAGAAACAAGAAUUGGCGAAGAAAAUGAGCAGUCAAACUCUGGGCGAGAACUCGGCGGCUCGAAUACUCGUGAAAGGACAGCCUCAUUCGGCUCCGGUUGUCACCAAAAUGCCGUUCAGUUAUCGCGACGUCGCCGCCCGUGUGGAACACAGCUCCAGUUCGAAUCACGCCAUUCACCAAAACGACGAAGUAAGUUCGGCUCAGCAAGAAUUGUUUACUGCUGCUCUCGUCCCGCCUCUCUUCAUCCGGUCAUCCGCUUUCGCAGUAAUCCUACGGAUGUAUAUAAAUGAGACGCGAAAGGGCGUAUAUUUAUCAGUUAGAGAGCGCAUUGAUAAAGAGAAAUCCGAAAGGUUUGCACUUCAUCAUUGAUUUAUAGCGAAAAGGGACGACGGCGGCAGAAGCGAAGCCGAGCGACGCGAAGGCGGUGCAGUCGAAGCAGAGCGAGUUGCUGAACGACAUCAGCAAAGAGCAGAACGAGUCGAGGAAGAGCGAAAGUGGAAGGAAGAGCCGUGCGGAUAACGAGUUCCAGAAAAUCAUUAACCGGAAGAACAAGAAGGAGAAGAACUCGAACGCCGUGGUUGCUCCUGUCGUUUAUGAAAGCGUGCAUCCGGUUGACGCAUCUUCCCGAUACGACGUUCUCAAGAACUUGGAGUCGUUACCAGCUCAACAGCGAAAGAAGAACGUCAGCGGAAGACCGCCACUUAUUCAGGAAAUAUUCUCACGUUCGAGCUCUCCGGCCGACGGUUCGUUUCUAAGUCAUACUAUUCGAAAAGCAACCUAUUCUAAUUACAGAUUUAGAAGAUACUGAAGGCGAGGAAACGCAUCGCAACCGUUCUGCUUCCAACCACGCUCAUUUGAAUGGAAAUAAUCAGAUGAAGAAGGAACAGAAGAAGCGUGUUGUGCAGACGAGUCAGCGCCGUCGUAAAGCAAGAAAGACUGAGCCAACUAUGUUCGACAACUUUCUCACUUAUACUCGUACGUUACUAGAGCCUCUUACAUUUCACAAGGUUUGAUUACAGUGGAUCUUCUCGUUUUCUUCUGGAGUUGCAUCGUUGGAAUGUUCCAAUGGACGUUCGAACUGAUUGUCGAGGUGUGCGUCAAGAUAUACGACGUAUUUCUCUAUUCUUCCGAAUGGUUAUACAUGGGCGCCUGGAAAGCACUGCGUAGAGUGUUCAUGUUCCUCAUCGCAUUGUGCAUCUACAUCUGCAUUCUGCUCAGAUAUUUGGCGUUUUUCUUCACUUCCGGCGCCUUUGGAAGAUGGUAUGGAACGGAAGAGAAGGCCAAAGAGGAAGAAGUGAAAGAGCUCGAAUGGGGAUGUAAAAAGGAGAUUCCGAUACCGACGAAUGCAACAGAAUACGCGGAUAGACUGUCUCGUGAAACUGUUCGUGAUGCGUACACAGUGCUAGGACUCAAAAGCGACUGCUCGGACGACGAUAUCAAGAGAAACUACAAACGAUUGUCUGCACUUGUCUCGCCAGAUAAGGUAUCACAAAAUUUGUGGCUUUCCUCAAAUUGAAAUGUUGCCAGUGUGGUAUCGAAGCUGUCGAGGAUGUCUAUGCACUUGUUAAUGCCGCUUUUGAAGCUAUCGGAUACCAGGAACCAAGAGCUGUUUACACUGUCGAGAACAUGAAGGAAAAUGGAUUGGUAUCCUUUUUUCCAAUCUUCAACUAAAAUUAACUCUUCAGCACGCCGCUCUGAUCGAUAAAUGGAAUCUCAUGAGCAAUAAUAUCGAAAAGGCUCGCAACACGAUAUACUGUGAUUGUAGCAAACCUCACAUGCGUAUCGCCACCGAAAUUUCCCCAGCUCAAGCGAGAUACUGCAAAAGAUGCUCAGCCACACACCCGGCCAAGCAGGUAGCGCAUCAGUCGAUAAAUUCCGCUUAUCAACUUCUCUUGGCUUUAGAAUGACAUUUGGAUCGUGAAAAAAAAUCUCGGACUGACUACUGCCUACUUUACUUGUACUGAUAACGUUGUGUACGACAUCACCGAGUGGGCGAUUUGUGAGGUAGGUAUAACGUGGAGUCCGAUCAUCUCGGGGAAUUUCUCCACACUGAAUGCCGCAUGCUUGGCUGCCACUCACUCUCGGGUAUCUUUACGAGAUGCUUCUCCGCCUUUUUUGCUUGACACACUAACACUAUCACGGUUGCGCUUAAUUUCGUUUACACAUCCGCUCCCUCCCCGAUCUAACCUCUCUCUCCCUGUUCACCUCCGAAUCGCUCACCCUGAAAUUCAUCAAUUUGGAGAAGAACAAGAACGAACUGCAUCUGUCUGACACUAACUGCCGCAAGACGAAGGAUCUUCAACACAAAAGGUUUGCCUGGUUUUCUUAUAUAUUCACAAAAGGGCUUUUUCGUUCGGGAGGGACUAAUGCAAUAGUGGGGUGUCGGUGGUGGUAAUGGUGGCAGUUGUGUCGUUUUGUUUUCGUGAAAACCAUUAAAAGUCUGUUUGUCACACGUCACCAGAAGCCUCUGAUACGUCGCUGGCACUGGAGUUCACUCACUCACUGUGUGUACUUGGAACAGGAAGUCCAGAGGAGAUUAG